CUGAUCCAAUCGACAACACACAGUCGAGUCCAAGUCAGUUUUGUUUCGGUACAAAAAGCUUCACUUCCUUGUCUUGAGCCUGCUCAGAAAAAUGAUUCUUUUGACAGAUAAAGGGAACCAGCAUAGCCUGAAAGCUAUUGUUGCGGCAACACUAGCAGGAGUAGCUCUUGAUGUAACAAUCGUAGACAGUACAGACCAAGUUGUUCCACAUUUGAGGAAAAACCGACUCCCAGUUCUUGACCUAGGUGGAGGAGUACUGAUAUUCUCAUCAAAUAGUAUUUGUAGAUACUUGCUUGCCCAGGGUGGUUUGGAUACGGAUGACAUACAGGUAGAAGAGUGGCUGGAAUGGGAGGCUACACAACUACAGCCUAUUCUAGGACCGUUCAUGGCCUCUGUGUUUGGUGGCAGUAAGGUUGACAGUGAGAUACUGAAACCUCUCUUGACAUACCUCAAUACCUCACUGCAGGGAAAAGAGUAUCUAGUGAAGAACAAACUGUGUGCAGCAGACAUCAGUAUAUGGGCAGCUCUGUACCCAGCACAAGUCUCCAAACCAGACCUUCUCUCAGCGUACCCCAAUGUGGCGUCUUGGGUCCAGAACCUUGGUGCCCAAAGUGCCUUUCAACGUGGAGUUUCUACGGUGACCAACGAUAAAGGAGCGGGGAGUUUUAAGGUGUCUGUUCUAGCGCAGCCCAUUGUUCAGAGGCCGUCUACUGAUGCUAGGAGUGCUAAGGAAGAGGAGCCUGGUACGGCGGAGGUCGUAACAGCUGAUGAGAUAAAAUAUGCUAAAGAGGCGUGGCUGCAUGGAAGAACUACUAUGCCAUCCCCAAGACAAAGAAAUCACCCUCUUCUACCAGAGAAGGGCCUUCAUAAUGUUCUCAUCACCAGUGCAUUGCCUUAUGUCAACAAUGUCCCUCAUCUGGGUAACAUCAUUGGGUGUGUGCUGAGUGCAGAUGUCUUCUCCAGGUUUUGUCGUCUGAGGAACUACAACUCUCUGUACAUCUGUGGCACCGAUGAGUAUGGAACGGCGACGGAGACUAAAGCACUAGCAGAAGGGCUUACCCCUCAGCAGAUAUGCGACAAGUAUUACCGCAUACACAAAGACAUCUAUGACUGGUUCUCUAUUGACUUUGAUUACUUUGGAAGGACCACGACAAAACAACAGACUGAAAUUGCACAGGACAUCUUCCUGAGGUUGCACGAGAGGAAGUUUCUAGUGAAGGACACGGUGGAGCAACUCCUAUGCGAGAAAUGCAGUCGCUUCCUCGCUGAUCGGUUCGUUGAGGGAAUUUGCCCGCUCUGUAAUUACCCAGAUGCCCGGGGUGAUCAGUGUGAUAAAUGUGGGAAAUUAAUCAACGCUACCGAGCUCAAGAACCCAAGGUGCAAGGUGUGCAGCUCUUCCCCCGUCAUCAAGACCUCAGAACAUCUCUUCUUAGAUCUUCCAAAGCUAGAGCCUCAACUCCAGAAGUUCUUCAACAAGUCUAGCUCAGAAGGGGACUGGACAUCUAACGCUAAGCUCAUCACAUCCUCCUGGAUUAGGGAUGGCCUCAAGCCUCGAUGUAUCACCAGGGAUCUUAAAUGGGGAACACCGGUGCCGCUGGACGGCUUCAGAGAUAAGGUCUUCUACGUUUGGUUCGAUGCGCCCAUCGGGUAUCCGUCCAUUACUGCCAAUUAUACAGAUAAGUGGGAGAAAUGGUGGAAGAAUCCACAAGAAGUGCAGAUGUAUAACUUCAUGGCAAAGGAUAACGUACCCUUCCACAGUGUAGUAUUUCCAUGUACACUACUUGGAGCUGAAGAUAAUUACACCCUAGUCAACCACCUUGUUGCAACAGAAUAUCUGAACUAUGAAGACGGCAAGUUUUCCAAGAGCCGUGGUGUUGGCGUGUUUGGCGACAUGGCCAAGGACACUGGCAUCCCUAGUGAUAUUUGGCGAUUCUACCUCUUGUACGUACGGCCAGAGACCAUGGAUAGUACGUUCAGUUGGACUGAUCUAGUGCUUAAGAACAACAGCGAGUUAUUGAAUAAUCUGGGUAACUUCAUCAACAGGGGUUUGACAUUUCUGGAGAAGAACUUUGGCAGCGUCCUUCCUAAGAUGAUUCUAGAAUCAGAAGAUGAGCAACUACUUGCGCUGGUCACGAGAGAGCUGAAAAACUACAAAGAGCUUCUUGAGAAGUCUAAGAUCCGAGAUGCACUCAGGCAUAUCCUCAACAUCUCACGCUUGGGUAACCAGCAUAUACAAGCCAGCCAGCCGUGGGUCUUGGUUAAGGGUGGUGAGAAAGAGAGGAUAAGAGCUGGCACUGUGAUUGGACUGUGUGCUAAUAUCUCCUGCCUGCUCUCCACCAUGCUCUUACCAUACAUGCCAGUAACAAGCAGUACUAUACAACAGCAACUGAAUGCUUCUUCUGAGUGCAAUGUUAUCACCGACAAGUUUGUUUGCUGUCUGGAGACCGGGCACAAGAUUGGAACGCCCAAGCCGUUGUUUGAAAAGCUGGAUCAGGCUCACAUUGAACAACUCAAGAAAAAGUUUGGCGGACAACAACAACAACAACAACAACAGAACGACUCCAAAGAUGUCAAGGCAGAACCUGUGAAAGCACAAACACCGAAUAAGCCCGGUCAGCCACAGGGAGUAGAUGCUGAAGCGGUCAAACGAUUGACCGAUGAAGUGACCAAACAGGGGGAUGCCGUACGCAAGCUGAAGACGGCCAAGGCAGAGAAAUCAGCAAUUGAUGCAGAGGUUAAGAAACUACUGUCCCUCAAGCAACAGUUAGCUGCAGCGUCAGGUCAGAGCGCGACCACACCCGACUCCUCCAAAGGGAAGAAGAAGAAAGGAGGCAAGAAGUAAUGUCAUUGUUCUAGGGUCCAAGGGAGCUGGGCAGGGCCCAAUUUCAUAAAGCUGCUAAGCAGAAAAUACUGCUUAGCAAAUUUCUAUGCUAAGCAAUAAAUACAA